AUGGCUCAAAACCAACGAUCUGACAUUAUCCACAAUUCCAACAUAAGCUUCCGCACUCAAAGAAAACUUAAUUUUCAUAACCCAGAACCACCAGUUGAUGAGGAAAUUAAUCUAUGGAAUAAAAAAAAUUCACCAUGCUCUGCUCCUAGUGAAACAGUCUACGCAGAACUGAAUGUACACAAAGAGUAUUCAAUUUGUGAACAUCAAGAUAUUGAUAAAAAGGUGUUGUUAGUAAAUGAAAAUAAAGAAGCAGAGCCCCCACCUCCAGUUAUAACCGAAAUGACAAAUGUAGAGCCAAUUGAUUACGUUUUCGAUAAGAAAAAUUAUAGCUAUACUUUUUCAAAAACGACAAAGUUACUUGUCCAGAGCAGUCUGGUAAUCAAUUAA